UUUGCAUGGACCAUUUAGAAAAUACAGCGUAAAGCUAAAGACGAAGGAAAGAGGUGUUGCUUAAACGCUAGUAAAUGUGAUCCUUCCACUUUGAUCCUCAUUCUUCACUGUGGCGUCUCAUAUACUGAGAGGAUAUUCACUUCAGCGCUAAGCAAUUUUCAUCAUAUGUUAUAUUUCCCUUCAAUUUAAGCAAAUCAAGAUUCUGUGGGCUUGCUGAUAGAGAAGUGAUGGCAGAAGAAGGUGGCAGAAGUUUUGCCCGAAGGAACCAGUUGUUAGACAUAGAGAAACAGGUUCAUAAGUGGUGGACAGAAGGUGAUGUUUUCAGAGCUGAACCUAAAGAAUCGCCUCCUAAAGUGGGUGAAAAGUUCUUUGGGAAUUUCCCUUUCCCUUAUAUGAAUGGAUAUCUACAUUUGGGCCAUGCUUUUUCAUUGUCAAAGCUUGAAUUUGCAGCUGCGUAUCACCGCUUGAGAGGUGCUACUGUUCUUUUGCCUUUUGCAUUUCACUGCACAGGGAUGCCCAUAAAGGCGUCUGCUGAUAAGCUUUCGAGGGAAAUAUCAAUGUUUGGGAACCCACCCGUGUUUCCUGUUGUGAAGGAAGAGGAGAGUGUUGAAACAGUGAAGGUUGAGGCUGAAGGAAAUCAGGGUUUACCAGGUGGAAACUUUAAAGGAAAGAAAUCAAAGGUUCUUGCAAAGACUGGGGGUGUUAAGUACCAGUGGGAGAUAAUGAGGAGUUAUGGUCUGUCUGACGAGGAAAUUGCCAGGUUUACAGACCCAUAUUACUGGCUAACGUACUUUCCGCCACUGGCUGUAGAGGAUCUGAAGGAGUUUGGCUUGGGUUGUGAUUGGCGUAGAACUUUUAUUACAACUGACAUGAAUCCGUUCUUUGAUUCAUUUGUACGGUGGCAAAUGCGGAAGCUGAAAGCCUCGGGAAAGUUUGUUAAAGAUCUCAGGUGUACCGUAUAUUCACCCCUAGAUGGUCAGCCAUGUGCUGACCAUGACCGUGCUUCUGGUGAAGGAGUUAUCCUUCAAGAAUAUACUCUUAUCAAGAUGGAAGUUCUCCCACCUUUUCCACCAAAGAUGAGCGUUCUGGAGGGGAAAAAGGUAUAUCUCGCAGCAGCUACACUGAGACCAGAGACCAUGUAUGGGCAAACAAAUGCUUGGGUUUUGCCUGAACGAAAAUAUGGGGCAUUUGAGAUUAAUGAUGCUGAGGUUUUUGUGUUGACUUAUAAGACAGCUCUUAAUCUAGCCUAUCAAAGGUUGUCUCGGAUCCCUGAGAAGCCUACUUGUUUGCUAGAAUUGUCUGGUCAAGAUCUUAUAGGUUUGCCCCUGAGGUCUCCCUUGGCAUUCAAUAAGACAAUAUACACUCUGCCCAUGUUAUCUGUCCUUACUGAAAAAGGUAGUGGAAUUGUAACUAGUGUUCCCAGUGAUUCUCCUGAUGAUUAUAUGGCCCUACAUGAUUUGAAGUUAAAACCAGCUUUCAGGGCCAAAUUUGGUGUGAAGGAUGAGUGGGUCUUGCCGUUUGAGAUAGUCCCGAUUAUCAACCAUCCAGAUUUUGGAGACAGGUCAGCUGAGAGAAUUUGUAUUGAAAAAAAUAUCAAGAACCAGAAUGAGACAGAUAAGCUUGAUGAGGCAAAGAAAACAAUUUACAAGGGCGGGUUUUAUGAAGGAACCAUGAUUGUUGGAGAAUUUGCUUGUAUGAAAGUCCAAGAAGCAAAAGGUCUGAUCAGGAGAAACCUUUUGGAGAUGAAUCAAGCUGUCAUAUAUAGUGAACCUGAAAAGAAGGUCAUGUCGAGAUCUGGGGAUGAGUGUGUUGUGGCUUUGACUGAUCAGUGGUAUCUCACUUAUGGAGAAUCAAAAUGGAGGAAGGCUGCAGAAGAGUGUUUGGCUAGUAUGAAUCUCUACUCUGAUGAAACACGGCAUGGUUUUGAACACACUCUCAGCUGGCUUAAUCAGUGGGCUUGCUCUCGCAAUUUUGGGCUGGGAACUCGUAUUCCUUGGGAUGAGGAUUUCUUAGUUGAGUCCUUGUCCGAUUCCACUAUUUAUAUGGCAUAUUACACCUUUGCACAUUUCUUGCAGAAAGGGGACAUGUAUGGUACUGAUCAUUCUUCAGUGAAACCAGAGCUGCUGACAGAUGAGAUCUGGGAAUUCUUGUUCUGUAAUGGACCUUUUCCAGAAAAUUCUUCUAUGUCUCCUUCUCUUCUCAAGGAGAUGAAGCAGGAAUUUGACUACUGGUAUCCGUUUGAUCUCAGAGUUUCUGGCAAGGAUCUUAUUCAGAAUCAUCUUACCUUUUGCAUCUAUAACCACACUGCCAUCUUCCCUAAGCACCACUGGCCACGUGGUUUCAGAUGCAAUGGGCAUAUAAUGCUCAACUCUGAGAAGAUGUCCAAGUCUACUGGAAAUUUCCGAACACUCCGGCAGGCAAUUGAAGAGUUUUCAGCUGAUGCCACACGCUUUGCUCUUGCAGAUGCAGGUGAUGGGAUGGACGAUGCUAACUUUGUCUUUGAAACAGCUAAUGCUGCUAUCUUACGUCUCACAAAAGAAAUAGCAUGGAUGCAGGAGGUUCUUUCUGCAGAGCCAUCUUUAAGAAAUGGGCCACCAUCCACAUAUGCAGACCGUGUAUUUGCUAAUGAAAUAAAUAUUGCAGUCAGGACUGCAGAGAAGAACUAUAGUGAAUACAUGUUUCGGGAAGCUCUGAAGACUGGAUUUUAUGAUCUUCAGGCUGCCAGAGAUGAGUACAGGCUUUCCUGUGGUUCAGGAGGCAUGAACCGGAAUUUGCUAUGGCAAUUUAUGGAUGUUCAAACUCGACUUAUUGCUCCAGUCUGCCCUCACUAUGCUGAAUAUGCCUGGAGAGAGCUUUUGAAGAAGGAUGGUUAUGUCAUAAAAGCUGGGUGGCCAGAGGCUGAUUUGCCAGAUCUCACCCUUAAGAAGGCCAACAAAUAUUUGCAAGACACGAUUAUCUUAAUGAGGAAGCUACUUCAGAAGCAGAUUUCUGGUUCAAAGAAAGGAAAUGUAAAUCUGAAUAGCCAAAACAAACCUACCAUGGGCCUGAUAUAUGUGGAUGAGCAGUAUGGUGGGUGGAAAAGGGAAUGUUUGGGGAUUCUGCAGAGGAAAUUUGACACUUCAACCGGCUCAUUUGCACCUGAUAAAGAAAUCCUCUCCGAAUUGCAGAAGAGUGAUAUUGCGCAACAAGGGAAUUUCAAACAAAUACAAAAGCUCUGUAUGCCUUUCUUGAGGUUCAAGAAAGACGAAGUUUUGGCAGUUGGGGUUCAAGCAUUGGACUUGAGGCUUCCUUUUGGUGAGAUUGAAGUCCUUGAGAAGAACUCCGACUUGAUCAAAAGACAGCUUGGUCUUGAGAGAUUGGAGAUCUUAUCUAUGAUAGAUGAUGCUCUGGAGAGAGCAGGGGCUCAUGCUGCAGUUGUGAGGCAGAAUCCACCAUCACCAGGCCAUCCAACCGCAAUCUUUCUCUGAGUAAAACAUUUUUGCAGCACAAGUUAUGAACAGUUCUUAUUUGAAACCCAAAUGAUGUGAUACUUCUCUUUCUAGGUCAUUUUUUGUCCCAGCAUCCUGCCUACAUGCUACUAUUUGCAGAGUUUUGGAUCCAAACUAGUGCUUUGUUUGCUUCAAUCAUGAAUAUGGAGCAACUGCAAUUUUAUCUUCACAUUAGAGUACUCAUUGAGUAGUAAUUUGACACUUUGGAUGAAGCCAAGACAUCUUCGAGUUUUCGAUUCUACAAUGUUUCCAAGUUGUAUAUGCGUUGAGUUCUGCUUAUAGCUUAAUUUCCAAGUUCCAUUUAUUCAUACCAAAUUUGUACUAAUUGCUAGUCCCAUUUUUUAAAAGAAUUUAUCUACGUUCCGUUUCUUUCUUCUUAUGGAAGGCACUUCAGUGGAUAUAUUACGUUACUUCUGUGAAUAAGUUAUAUAUUAAUAUAAAAGUCUAUUAACAAGGUAGUGUUCCUUGCCUUCCUAUUA